CACACUUCCGCUAAGAUGGCCGUCGCUGGCCCCUCACAAAAAUGGCGGAAGGUAGGCGGAAGGUUCGGCUCCUCCCCCGCUCCAAACAAAAAUGGCGUUGUACAGGAGCUUCUCACGCGCCUUUCGGUACAAGCGGAAGUGACGCGCGGGGCAGAAGCCCGGCUCAUGGAGCCCCGGCCGCGGGGCGCACUGUGUGCGGUCGCGAUGGGACCGCUCCAGCUGCCGGUUCAGCCGCCGCCGCCGCCGCUGCCGCUGCUGCUGCUGCUGCUCAUGGCGCCAGGGGCCGAGCCUUUCGAGCCCAUCACCGUGGGCAUCGCCAUUGGGGCCGCCUCGGCCCUCACCGGCUACCUCUCCUACCCGGACUUCUACUGUCGCUUCGUGGAGUGCUGCCACGAGGAGCAGCCGGUCAACGCCUCCGCACUGAAGUUAGAUUUAGAAGAGAAACUGUUUGGACAGCACCUGGCUACAGAGGUGAUUCUCAAAGCAUUGACUGGCUUCAGGAACAACAGGAAUCCAAAGAAACCACUGACUCUCUCUUUACAUGGCUGGGCUGGCACAGGCAAGAACUAUGUCAGUCAGAUUGUGGCUGAAAACCUUCACCUGAAAGGACUCAAGAGUAACUUCGUCCACCUGUUUGUUUCUACUCUGCACUUCCCGCAUGAACAGGAGAUAAAAUUGUAUCAGGAGCAGCUGCAGAAGUGGAUUCGGGGCAAUGUGAGUGCAUGUGCAAGAUCUGUUUUCAUAUUUGAUGAAAUGGAUAAAUUGCACCGUGGGCUCAUUGAUGCCAUCAAGCCAUUUCUGGACUACUAUGAGCAGGUUGAUGGGAUCUCUUAUCGGAAAGCCAUCUUUAUCUUCCUCAGCAAUGCAGGAGGUGAUCUUAUAACCAGAAUGGCCCUUGAUUUUUGGAGGGCAGGAAAAAAGAGGGAAGACAUUCAGCUCAAAGAUUUGGAGCCUGUGCUAUCUCUAGGAGUCUUCAAUAACAAAAACAGUGGCUUGUGGCACAGUGGCCUGAUAGACAAGAGCCUCAUUGAUUACUUUGUUCCAUUUCUGCCCUUGGAGUACAAACAUGUAAAAAUGUGUGUGAGGGCAGAGAUGAAAUCAAGGGGUUUUACCAUAGAUGAAGAAGUUGUCACAAGAGUGGCAGAUGAAAUGACAUUUUUCCCAAAAGAAGAGAAAAUCUACUCCGAUAAGGGCUGCAAGACAGUGCAGACAAGGCUAGAUUUUCACUGAGCUCUUGCUACAAGAGAAGCGACCAGAAGAUGCAGCCAACCAGGCCCUGCCUUUCUGAAGCACUUUUGAAGACCCUUUUUAGGAGUCUGCGCAUUUGCACUUACUGACUUUUAGGAAAGGUAGCUUUCUAAGAAGAGUCGAUUUAAAAGACAUAUCACUAAAGAACUUUGCAGCCCAACUGUUAAUUUUCAGUUGAAGGGGGGACUUGAAAAAUUUUACUCAAGCUCAUCAUCCCUAACAUUGCCAAAAGUGGCCUUUACAACUAUAUAUAUUUGUAAAGUAAUUGGAAUUUAUUGCUGACUCCCUGACACCUGCUGUGCAUCAGAAUUACUGUCUUAACUGAAGGGAGUUCCUUGUGGCUGGCCCAGAUCUAUCCAGAUAACAUUAGGUGUUCACCUGAAGAAUUUUAGAUUGGAUUAUUCUGUUUACUUUCUGCUCUUCACACAUAGAACAUUUAUCAUUUUCAACAAGGAUCUUUUAAAAUCUAGAGCACUCCACAACUACAAAGCAUACUAGGUGAGAGUAUGUGGCCAUAUGUGCCUGAAUCUCUUUAACCCAGUGAAUUGUGCCAUUGAGGGGACUUAUCUCAUUUCAUAAUCAGCCCAUAGUAUUAACUUAGGAGUGUUUCCAGAGUGGAGGACAGGAUCUCUUUGACCUUUUAGUCUGUCUGUUCUUCCUCCUGUGGUGACGUGGAGCACUGAGGUCACCUAAUGCAAACAAGGCCUAUUGAUUCAGUGCCUAGUUCAUGAUGCUCUCACACACUUCUUCUGGUCAGAAGACUACAUUGUAUCUGUGAACUUCAGCCUAACAUCCCUGAAAUAUAUCUCCAAACCCUGUUACCAAAAUCAUAUCAUCCUUUGGGACCGACAUGGUUCAGAAAUUGGGUCACUUGUUCUAGUAGUCAAACACUUCUCUCUGUUACGACUUACAUAAGGGUCAAUCUUGAAUUUGAUCUUUGCAGCUCUAGUGUGAAAUGUGUAAGAUUUGUUCAUGUAUGAACAUUCCAGUGACUCAUGUCACUGAGAGGUCGUUGCAUGUCAUAACCGGUAUUUUCAAAGGCAUAUUUUUCAUAGUUCUGAAAUAUAUAUGAGAGGUAUGAGAAACUGCUUAUUAGAUAAAAGAGAAGGUAUGGAAUGGAGUUAUAUUUAUCCCUUUCUCCAUACAUAUUUUUAAACUCAAGUGGAGUUUGGAUUCUUAUUACUAACUUUAUAGUAAUGUAAACAAAAACUAAGAGAUCCAAUGUGGCGGCUGGUUAUGGUCUGCAUUGCCAUGGGAACCUGAAUCCUAUUGAUUCCCCUACGUGGACUGAGUUGAUUGCCUCUUUGAGAGAAGUAAGAACAUUUUUUUUUAUUCCAGUACAUGUGGAUACUAUAGUUGCAGUGCAACUGGUUAAUCGUGCAGCCUUUUCAUACAUAAGAGAAAGUUAUAGAAUGAAUAUUUUUCUAUGUUAAAGGACUGGAAAAAUUCUAAAGCACCAUACUUAGUCUUUUAAUAAAAUUACCCCCAGGAUGGUACUUUCUACGUUUUUAACAUAUAUUCUCAAAUUGGAACAGCUGGCUACUUUUAUCACCUUGUAGGUGGUUAGUCAGGUGGUGACCUGUUUAUUCUGAUGCAAUAAACUGAACACAUUAGUAACCUUAGGCCUUUGGACUGUUGUUUCUGAUUUAUAACUUUGAAAACCUGCAGGUAAUUCUCCUAUCCCCUAACCCUCUGUCCUAUGGUUUUAAGUGUUCCCUUAAAAGGUGUGAAUAAAAAUUUAAAACUAUGAAUAAAAACUAAUCAAAUACAGCUGAAAUUUUAUCA